GAUUGGCUGUGCGCAUAGACUGAAGAUCGCCAGCUCUCAUUGGGCUCUCUUUCCCCUGGGUGAUGACAUGACUUCUCAUUGGCUAAUCGUCACCAACCCGGAAGCUUCGCUAAACAACGUCCACCAGUAUGUUCUCGGAUACAAAUAACACCUUGGUGUGCGUGUAAUUAUAUAUUUAGCUUUUUUAGGUCAUAAAACAAAAGUUUGUAACAUUGUUCUGUUGAGUUUAAACAAUUCUGUCGUAACUAAAAUCAUGAGCAGCCCUACGGUGAGCGGCGACUUUACGGUUGUUUUCAAGACUCCGCUGUCUUCGACUCAAAGCAAACUAUUGGACAUGUUGGAAGACGCCACCGAGCAACUGAUGCUCUAUAAAGACUUCGACGCUUCUUUUCACGUCUGCGAGAGAGGCCUGGAGAGCCUCGCACACGAGGAGGAAGAGGACGUGAGGGGGGAACUUAAGGCUGGCUUUUGCAUCGUGGGCAUUCAAGCUUUGGCUGAGCUCAACCGGUGGCCAGGUGUGCUCUCCUGGGUCCGUCAGCAUUAUGGGCAUCAGGAGGACAUACCAGCUAAAAUACUGCAAAUGUGCAUCCUCCUCUACGCCAAGGUGGGCGAGCCAGCAGCAGUGAAAGAGGCUACUCAAGUGUGGCUGCGCAACCCAUCUAACCGCGGGCUCCAGGGGUUUCGCACGGUGGCUGAACUCUACCUGCUGCACGUCCUCCUGCCCCUCGAACUCACGGACCAGGCCCGGGAACUUGUCGUUGGCGACUUGGGGUGCGCCACGUUCACCGAAGAGCAACAACAGACGGCUCGGGAUAUCAUAGAACAAGAGGAACGUGAGAAAAAGGCGCGAGAUGUCACCAGAGAUUGUAGUUUAAGACCUGAAAAUGCCUCGACGCAAGGUUCCCUUCUCCACAAAGUGGAGGCCUUGUUGCGGCUUACUUGCAGGAGAUUGACGUCUGCUUCCGGAUUCUUCCCGUUCCAUAAACUCAUCUUGGCAGCUCUUAUUCUCUACAUGCUUUUGUUACGCCUGGAUCCAGUGCUUCCGUCUUCCUUUGUGUGGAUUUCCAAAUUACAUCAGCUGCUCCGACAGAUGUGGAACAUCAUGACGGCUCCAUAUUAUCGAGCUCGGAAAGACUGAGUGUGGACCUUCUCGUAAUUUGAUUUCUCCUUAAUGUCAUUCCAAACUGGUUGAUAUAAAAGAUGCAGCUCGAGGAUAGGAAAGGGAUUUUACAGUGCAUUCUUGUGGAUCAUGUGUAAUGGGGUUAUUUCAUUUUCCGUCCUUGUUGAUGUUCAAUCAAGUGUUAUUUUAUUUACAAUACACGCUGAUUUCUAUAGCGCUUUCACAACAGCUGUAACAAAGCGCUUAACAAAACGGUUAACAAAGUAAAAUAAUAAAUUUGCUGUUUAUUUAAUCA